AGUGUUACUAAACCCCGGUCCCUGCAUUCACUAUAUCUGGUCUCCUUGGAUCCUGCAUUCACUAUAUCUGGUCCCCAGGACCCUGCAUUCACUAGAUCUGGUCUCCCAGGACCCUGCAUUCACUAUAUCUGGUCUCCCCGGACCCUGCAUUCACUAUAUCUGGUCUCCCCGGACCCUACAUUCACUAUAUCUGGUCUCCCAGGAACCUGCAUUCACUAUAUCUGGUCUCCCCGGUCCCUGCAUUCACUAUAUCUGGUCUCCCCGGUCCCUGCAUUCACUAUAUCUGGUCUCUUGACUCUGCAUUCACUAUAUCUGGUCUCCCUUGACCCUGCAUUCACUAUAUCUGGUCUCCCCGAACCCUGCAUUCACUAUAUCUGGUCUCCCAGGACCCUGCAUUCACUAUAUCUGGUCUCCCAGGACCCUGCAUUCACUAUAUCUGGUCUCCCCGGGUCCUGCAUUCACUAUAUCUGGUCUCCCCAGACCCUGCAUUCACUAUAAUUGGUCUCCCCGGACUCUGCAUUCACUAUAUCUGGUCUCUCCGGACUCUGCAUUCACU